AUGGAUUACGCAGAAAUCUACACAGCAUCAGAUACGUUGGACGCAUCCUCCAUCUUUCACACCAUCUACGACGUCGUAGGGUUCGUCCUUUACAUGCACCAGCAGAUCCCCUCCACGGUGCAGGAUAUGAGCGUCGAGUUUGAAGCAAUGCAUUCGGAGUACAAGCAGCUGGAAACGGAGUUGAGAACUGAGGUGAAGCCAUCGUUCCGGAGAAAGCACGUUAGCAAAAUGAGGGAUAUCAAGGUCGGAAUUAAGAGAUUGGAUAAGUUGAUGAAUUCACUUGUGAAUAUGCAAAACGCGAUUAAAAUCAUGAUCAACGAGGUUCCUACCAUAGACGGCGUCGUUUUGGCGCUUGGAGCUAGCCCACUUCGACCUCAGCAUAUUUAUGAGUUGAAUUUUUCCCAUGCGAUUGGUGUUUCCAAGGAUUCUGAUGAUUUUGCUAGGAGUAAAGCGGCUGAGAGUCUUUCGAGAAAGGCGAUUCGGACAUUGAUAUCAAAGGGUGCUGGCUCUGUGACCUAUCCCGGUCCUAUCAGAUUGUUUGUGUUAAUUAAGGCCCCUUCUUCUUACAAUCAGCCCAUGCAUUUUCUGCCUAAACGUGAUUUUAAGUAUAACAGAAAGGUUGUGCCUCUUGGGCUACAGUUUAAGUGCCGAAAGCAAGAUCGGGAAGUGGCCGCCACUGCUUCAGAAGAUAUAAUCUGGUUUCAAUGUCGACAUGUGAUAAAAGGCCUUGCAAUGAACACAAUGCCGGAAGAAUGA